AUGGUAGUGAUAGCACUGAUUGUGACUCCAAGAUAUUUGCAAGCAGGUGAUAUCAUACUUGGUGGCAUUACAUCUCAGGUAUUUGUGCUUUUUGAACCCCAUGGCUUCAAUGAACACCCACAUCAUUCAUUGAUAGAUGAAACCCUCACACUGGCCAAGAACUACCAGCAUACCUUGGCUGUGGUUUUUGCUGUACAGGAGAUCAAUGAAAGCCCCUGGCUCCUACCCAACAUCACUUUGGGCAUCAUCAUCUAUGACAGCUACUUUAAUGCAAGGUGGACCUAUCAUAAUACAAUGAAAUUGCUCUCCACACAGAACAGAUUUCUCCCUAACUACAAAUGUGGCAUGCAGGAUGUAUUAAUAUCAGUCAUUGGGGGGCUUUCUGCUGAAACCUCCAUUCAUAUGGCAACCAUGCUUGGCAUCUACAAAGUUCCACAGUUCAUCUAUGGCUCUGCUUCAGGGAUGAAUGAAAGAACUGAAAGCCGUUUCUUCUACCCCAUGGUCCCAAAUGAAGCCUAUCAAGAUGUUGGCAUUCUGAAGCUACUUCUGCAUUUCAGGUGGACAUGGGUUGGGGUCCUUGCUACAGAUGAUGCCAAUGGAGAAAGGUUUGUGCAGUCCAUUCUUGCUGCUGCCCCCCAGAAAGGCAUCUGUUUCGCCUUUUUGGAACGAAUUAAAUUAGCUUCAUUCAGUCGUUUUGAUGAGAUAUUAAAGGGGAUGGAGAAAAUCUAUAGUACUACCAUGAGGAACAUUGCCAAUGCAUUAAUCAUCUAUGAAGAACACAUACUAAAUUUGAGAUGGCUGCUUUAUUUACCAGAAGUUGAAAUGGUUCCAGCACCUAAAGGUAAAGUAUGGAUUCUGACAGCCCAGAUGGAGCUUGCAUCAUUGCCUUUUCAAAGGAGCUGGGCUAUAGAAACCAUCCAUGGAGCUCUGUCUUUCAAAAUACACUCCCAUGAACUGCUAGAAUUCCAAAAGUUUCUCCAGAUUAGAAACCCUUUCAUGACAGAAGAAGAUGGGUUUAUUAGGGACUUUUGGCAACAAGCUUUUGAUUGUGUAUUUCCAAAUAAUUUUUUAAACAAAGAAACAGAGAAACUUUGCACUGGGACAGAGAAACUAGAGAGUCUUCCUCAGUCUUUUUUUGAAUUGAGCAUGAUUGGCCACAGCUACAGUAUCUACAAUGCUGUUUAUAUUGUAGCACAUGCCUUGCAUGCAAUGCAAGAAGUACAACCCAAACACAGACAAAACAGGAAUGGGUGGAGGCUCAAUCUUCUGGAUCACCAACCGUGGCAGCUCCACCACUUUCUGAAAAAAAUUUCAUUUAACAACAGUGCUGGAGAAAUGGUUUCUUUUGACAAGAAUGGGGAACUAAUCGCUGGAUUUGAUCUUAUAAACUGGGUCACUUUCCCAAACCAGUCCUUUCGCAGAGUGAAAGUUGGAAGACUGGAUCCACAGGCUCUACCUGACAAAGAGCUCACUAUCUGUGAUGAUGCUAUCAUAUGGCAUAGCAGUUUUAAUGAGGUUUUACCUCUUUCUGUCUGUUCGAGCAGCUGUUACCCUGGUUUUAGGAAGAAAAUUAAAGAAGGGGAAGCAUUUUGCUGCUUUGGUUGUAUUCCAUGUCCAAAAGGGAAGAUUUCAAGUCAGUCAGACACAGAUGACUGUUAUAAAUGCCCAUAUGAUCAGUACCCAAACAAGGACCAGGAUUCAUGCAUCUCCAAACAUAGAACCUUCCUUUCUUAUGAAGAGUCCUUGGGGAUUGCUUUAGCCAUUUUGGCAAUUUUCUUUUCUAUAUUCACAGCUUUGGUUCUAGGAACAUUUUUGAAGCAUCAUGACACACCCAUUGUCAAAGCCAACAACCAGAACCUCACCUACACUCUCCUUGUCUCUCUUCUGCUCUGCUUCCUUUGUGCUUUGCUGUUCAUUGGCCAACCUGACAAAGUGGCCUGUGUCCUCCGACAAACUGCCUUUGGCAUCAUUUUCUCAGUAGCAGUUUCUUGUGUCCUGGCAAAGACACUCACUGUGAUUCUGGCUUUCAUGGCUACCAAACCGGGAAGCGGGAUGAGGAAGUGGGUGGGGAAAAGAAUGGCCGCCUUCAUUGUUCUUUCCUGCUCCCUUAUCCAAACAGGCAUUUGCGCUGUGUGGCUGGCAACCUCUCCUCCAUUCCCAGAUGAUGACAUGUAUUCAUUGACUAAAGAAAUCAUACUGGAAUGCAAUGAGGGGUCUGCGAUUAUGUUUUACUGUAUCUUGGGCUACAUGGGCUUCCUGGCCAUUGUCAGCUUCACUGUGGCUUUCUUUGCCAGGAAGUUACCUGACAGUUUCAAUGAAGCCAAAUUCAUCACUUUCAGCAUGUUGGUAUUUUGCACUGUUUGGUUAUCCUUUGUUCCAACAUACUUGAGCACGAAGGGAAAAUACAUGGUAGCUGUGGAGAUUUUCUCUAUCUUGGCCUCCAGUGCUGGCUUACUGGGUUGUAUCUUUCUUCUGAAAUGUUACAUUAUUGUACUCAGACCUAAGCUGAAUAACAGGGAUCAAAUAAUGAAAAAAAGAUGA